AUGAAUGAGGAAGGGAAGCUUGUCUUCCCUAAACAACUUGAAGGAAAAGAUUGCCUUCGAUAUAUUAAAUAUGGUCGUACCAUUCGUGGAAUCACAAAGAAAAAUUAUCAAAAUAACGUCGACAGAACAAAUCUUCUUUUUAACGAAAUUUACGCAUUAUCCCAGAAUGCACCUGAAUGUCUGUUUAAAUUCCGAUUGCCAAAUAAUGAACUCGUUACUCCAGAGCAAAUUUUUAUUUCUAAAAAGUUGACAAAACUACAGAGCAAAUAUCAAGGUUUUUACUCUAAUUUCUAUCUAGCAGAAGCAUCUACUUUAUCACAGCUCAUUUGUUUUAUCAAAGACUGCAAAGAUUCAAAUACUUUAGUCAUUUUCCGUUGUUCCGAAUAUAGAUUAUUUAUUGAUAGCAAAUUUAAUUCAUCAAAGGAGAGAAUCUCAUUACUCCAUAAUAUUCUCUCUCUUGAUAAUUACGCACUAAAAAUAAAAGAUCAAACGUUAUAUCCUCAAAUAUCAGAGAAACAAAUACAUGAUGGACUUGUCAACUUUCAAACGUUGAUUGAAUCGAAGUCUGACUACUGUCCAUAUUCAGAAUUUGACGACAUUUUUUAUUGUUAUAUUAAUUCAGCUAAUUUAGUCCCAUUAUUCGAUGAACAAGUCCGAAAUAUCGUUAAAGAACUAAAUAAGACUAUCAUCAGCAAAAAUAAUAACAGUACUAACAAAUUUAAUAUUCCGCCAAUUGAUUUUUCCGGAGUCGGCUUCAUUUACGAAGGUUUGAAAAGCCUUAUCAACCCAACGAAUCCUCUUCAAGAAACGGUUAUGAAAUAUACUGUAAUUCGCUUCUUUUUUGACAGAUUAUAUUUAGCUUUUCCAUAUUUGAACGCCAACGUUGACAAAUCCCAAUUCUACUCUCGUUGUAUUGAUAUUCCACAACUAGAUUGUGCAUCAUUAAAGAUCAGCGACAAAAUUUUACCACCAAAUUCGACAAAUAAGAAAUUUAUCGAGAUUUCAAAGUACUACAAAGAAUCAUUAGACUUACUUUCGUACAUACAGUUCCAUACAGACCCUCUUACUAUUGCUUGGCUCACUGCAAAGUCGUUACAUUACAUUGAACGAGCAACAUACGAAUCUAACGGAACUGUGAAGCGGAAGAAGAACGAACUUAUGGCAUUUGAUGACAUAUUUUCACUUUUUUGGCCAUUAAUUUGUUUGUAUCCAAUUGCAGAUCCUAUUUCACCAGCGUUGCUAUUGAAAUGUAUUACAAAAAUUUCAUUUCCAUCUGGUUUGGAUUUUGCUCGUAAUCUUUUUGUAUCUGCCAUUGAUUACAUCAGAGAAUUAGAUAUUAAUUCACUCAAAUAA